AUGGGUUGUCGUCUGAGCUCUCAUGCUAAGCCUUUGGGCGAAGCUGAUGAAGGCGAGAAAGAAAGUGGCAGUCCGGCAGCUGACGUCGAGGUGCUAGUGGAAGAUAUUCCGAUUCAGCAAGAAAAUCCUGGAGGUAUUCAGCAGGACAAUGCUAGUGGUGCUCAACAAAAUCAAGUUAGUAGUGUUGAACAGAAUGAUUAUGUAAGUUGUAAAAUAGAUUUAGUUUACCGUCAGGGUAGAGUAGAAUAGAGUAAUAUAGGGUAGGGUAGCACCAUGCUUAUAAAUAAAAUUUAUUACGUGAUCGGUUCUUUUCGGUUCAUCCUAAUAUAUUUAAAAAAAACUUUAGAUUGAUGGCGUUGACAUCUCACGCGUCGGUAGAAUUAACAUAUUUAUCUAUGGCGACUCAACUGAACUAAUAGUUCGAGGUUAUGUAGUCGGUAGUCAGGUUCACCCAAUUAUACUUCGCGAUGAAUACGAGGUUAUUAUGGAAAAACUGAAGCUGUGCUUCAAGAAGAAACGUCAAUUUUUUCUGCAAGUUUAUUUGUUCGAUCAAUGUGUAUGGUCUUCAUCUUUACUCAGCGUCAUGGCUGAUCUCUUUAUCAGUAAGUUAUGCUCUUUUAAAUUUUACAUUACUUUUAGUAAGUACCUAAGGUACGGUAAAAACGUAGUAAACGGUAAGGCCUAGGGUACGGCCGGACCAUCAAUAUGGUAUGUACUAGGUACUGAGGGCAUAGGGUUCGCUAAGUCGUAGAGUAAGCUAAAGCUUAGAGUACUGUAGGGCUUAGGUACGACCUAAACUACAAUGCAGUAGAUUUGUGAAAAACAAUUAAAAGCUAUUUAAAUGUUUUCAGGUACACUGCCAGUGAUAAAUAACUUAAGCAUUUUUGGAGAUCCAAGAAACGUUAACGUUCCAUUUAUCGACUUCUACAGGAAACUUCAUCCUAUCGUUGAGCGUUUAUCCAUAAACCAACCAACUACUUUAAGGUUUCUCAUCGACAUGCAAAUCAAAUCGUUGACACUAAUGCACGCAGUAGGCACCGGCUUGAAUUUCAGUAAGUGUUUAUAAUAAUAUUCAAAUCUAAAACUCAAAAGCGCAAUCUAAAAUUUUUUAUGGGUACUAUUGGUAGUAAAACUAACUCAUAUAAAAUUUGUGAGCUGGUUUUCUACGAGCACGGCAAGUAUGGCAGAUCAAUAACACUUUCUUUUUCAGGUUGGCUGCCAUUGAAGUUCACUCAAGUGAAUGAAGUCAGCUUUAAGAAUUCGUCAAUGUUGCAAGUACUUUGCCAAAAAGAUAUUGUAAUGCCACAGGUUUGCUCUGUUAAUUUUUUUUUCUAUGAACGUGAAGAUCCCAAUUUGAAGCCGAUUUUUGAAAACGUUUUCAACGUGUUUCCUUCCUUAGAACAGCUUACACUUGAAGUUUGGGUAUCUGUGCAGGAGAAAAAUGAACCAAGUAAGUUUGUGAUGAAGCUCGUGCGAGGACUAACGAUUUUGAACUAGAAUAGUUUGUGUAAGAGUGACAGAAGAUAAACUUUACCAUGAACAGAAAAGGGUAGAAUAGCAAAGCUAAAAAAAAGAAAUAUUUUAUUAAAAAUUUGUUUGUUUCAGUCAAGAAUCACGAACUGUUCACCUACACUCGCACCGUGUUCGACACAUUUGAAAGGAUAUUGGACUGGAACCAGGAAAAACUCAAAAUAGUCAUCCUGUUCUUCGCCUAUUUCAACGUCCCGGUUAACGAGGAUCUGGCAAGAAAAAUGACAGAAUUUGCUGGAUACGAAUGUUGCUACAAGAACGGCUAUUUUGUUCUAGAAGUAUCAAUGUGUAAUGUAGAUUUGAGGAUGAUUGUAAAAUAA